AUGCUUGCUCUGGCUGUUUCUGCUGAACUCGAAGGAGUGACGGAUCUUCAACCAGAGGACACCGAGCAGGCUCCUUUCUACUACACCUUCAAGGUCCAAUGCACAUCAUGUCGAGAGACGCACCCGAACUUUGUCUCCGUCAGCCGACAUGAGCAAAACGAGCAGUCUGGAAGCAGAGGCGAGGCCAACUUCGUGUGGCGAUGCAAGAAUUGCAAGAGAGAGCAUUCGGCAAACAUCAUAGACACCCCCAAGUCGUAUCCUCAACAAGACCCGCCAAAGUUGCAAAACAUCAUCACUAUCGAUUGCAGGGGCCUCGAGUUCGUCGAAUUCAAGCCGGAUGGCGACUGGAAGGCCACGGGAGUGGAGUCUGGCACAAAGUUCACCGGCAUCGAUCUCACUGAGGGCGAAUGGUUCGACUACGACGAGAAGGCCGGAGAGGAGGUCAGCAUCAAGGAGAUCAAAUGGGAGAUUCGGAGAGCAUGA